UGUAUAUUCCCAUGGCCGAUUCAGACGAGGACAGGGGCAGAACUCGGAUUGUCGUUAAUCAACCAUACGACGAGUCAUUGGAAGUACCAGACGCAGAAGAAGUUGCUUCUACUUACACCCCGACUCCAAGAGUGCCAGGUGCUGCAGGUCGUGGUGCACAACAAGAUAUCUCGCCAAGGGAUUCAAUGUCUGACAACAGCACAGAUGAGUUUGAAGAAGGAACUAUGGAAAAUAAGCUUGAGAAGCCAGAGCAAAUACACCCAAUACAGCCUUCCAGCUUGAUUGAUCACAAUAUAUUACUGCCCAUAGGACAGCUGCCUCAAUCCAAAGAACAGAAGCCGUAUAACACUGACGACGAUGAUGAUGAUGAUGACGAAGAUGGGACGGAUUCGUCAGAUGACGACGAUGAAGAUGACGACGAUGAUGACCACGGUGUUGCACUUGAAGGUGCCUAUGAUCCAGCUGAUUAUGAACAUCUCCCGGUACAACCAGACAUCAAAGAACUAUUCCAGUAUAUCACUAGAUACACACCACAGUCAAUAGAACUUGAACACAAACUAAAACCAUUCAUUCCAGAUUUUAUCCCAGCAGUUGGCGACAUUGAUGCAUUUCUCAAGAUUUCUGAACCAGAUGGUAAGCCAUCUACACUUGGUCUCAUUGUAUUAGAUGAGCCGUGUGCUCGGCAGUCGGACCCAACAGUUCUUGAUCUACAACUUCGCGCCAUAUCCAAACAGACAACCACAAAGUCAGUUCAAGUGCGAAGCAUAGAAGAAGCUGACAAGCACCCCAAGUCAGUACAGAGCUGGAUUGAUAGUAUCAAUGAUUUACAUCGGUCAAAACCUCCUCCCACUGUACAAUACAACAAAACCAUGCCAGAUAUCGACUCCCUCAUGCAGGAAUGGCCGGCAGAGUUUGAAGAUUUACUCAACAAAGUUGGUUUACCUACUGCUGACUUAGACUGUGAUCUCUCAGAAUAUGUUGAAAUGAUCUGCGGCAUUUUAGAUAUACCUAUUUAUAAAAGUAAAAUACAGAGUCUACAUGUAUUGUUCACACUCUACUCAGAGUUUAAAAAUUCACAACAUUUUAAAAAUCUUGCAGCUGAAAAUAAACUAGACAAUGCUCUGAGGGUAAAAAGUAAUGAAAGACUUGGAUCUGGUGGUCAGCAAACUGGAGAACAGGACAGAUUUGUUUUGUGAUCUUAGAAAACAACUUCCAGCAUAAACAUUAUCCACUGUGAUCAUCACAAGACAUCCACACUUUGCUGUUUCUGACUAGUGAUUUGUUGAAUUAGCAUAGCAAUGGGUGUCCCUAGCUUAAGAAAUACACUGUUGUGAACAGCAAAGUGUUGAUGAUAUUAUAACAUAGUACAUGCAAUAUAUUUUUUCAAUUUUUUCAAUUGAUGACAUCAUUCAUUAUUGAUAACCUGAGAAGAACUUUCCACUACAGUUAAAGCCAGACAAGAAAAUAUCCUCUUUUAUUGGACCCAUCCGCAUCAACCUGAUUGCAUUUUGGAAUUAUUUAAAAAAAAAAUGUUUGCUUUUGGGUAGAAUCUGAUAAACAAUCAGAUUUUAUUUUGGCCUAACCUGUAAAUGCAUACUAUUUUUGCUUGGUUUUUAACAGUACAGCAAAGUCACUUUUUAAAACAUGCAUACACAAAUUUGAUUACAUCCUGAAUACAAAACAAUACAUGUGUAUCUAGUACCAUAUUUGUUGUACGUGUGGUUGUAUGAAUGAUAGGUGUCUAUGAUGGUAAAAAAAAAAUUAUAUUUCAGUAAUCAAGUAAACAAUAAAUGCAACUUUUUGUUUACUUUCUGUAUAUGAACAUGCAUUCCAAUAGAAUGAAUACAGUAAACCAUAUUUGCUCUAUUAGAAAACCAAAAAUUGCAUUUUUCUAUACUGAAUCAUUGAAAUAUUACUUAUUUUGAUGACAGAAGCUAUCUGUAUUUUACAUAAGUGCAUUUGCUAUUAAUAGCAAUUACAGUAUGCAUUAUUGUACAGCUGUGAAUUAAGAAUUACAAAAUGUCACAUGAUUUGAAAUUUCCUUAUUUGGGAAAAAAAAACUGAUUGACGUGGCAUGCAUGUUGAAUCAUUGAACAUGCAAAAACAGAAACCUUGAAAAAUUACUUUAAUUCAGUUGGUGAUAAAUAACAUUCUUGAAAAUGUAGCUCCUAUAAGUCUGAUCAAGUACCUUAAUUUCAUGCACCUUCAAACAGCUUGCCUGUAAAUGUGAACCCACAUUUUAGAAGCAUUCUAAAACACUAUGUACUUGUGUUCGGAGGAGCUACAUACACACGCAUGUCUAUGCUGGACCUGUCAACUGGUAAGCUGAAACAUUCCAGCUGUUCUGCUAAAUCUCAUCUCUGCCGUCCAUAAUACUACUUAUACAAAUACACAAAUAAUGUGAGGCAAAUACAUUGUACAAAGAAAAGAGUAUCCAUGAU